AUGGCGCCCACCCAGGUGCACCAUCACCGCUCCACCACCAAGAGUGCCAACAAGCCCUACAAGACCAAGCAUGCGUCCAAGGGUGCUCUGAAGGAGCAGGCAAAAGGCAAAGUUGAAUUGGAGCGGGGCACACGCAAAACCCCCCACCAACAGCUGAAGUCGAAACUCGAUCGCCGCAACACAGCUCGCCAAAGACAAGCAUUGAAGCACCAGGAAAAGACUCAGGCAAACAGCAUCUUCACCGGUCAAAAUGGCGCCCCUCGUCAUGUCGCCAUUAUCCCGUUGUCCACCGACAUCGAUAUCGCUGCUGCCAUCACCGCAUUGAACGAGAGUGUAGACGUCGCUGCCGAGGUUUCCGCCGACAGCAUCACCCGUGUCCGAAUUGACCGUUUCCGCCAAAGUCUCCUUUACGUUCCCUCGAAAUUUGAACUUUUGAAUGCGCUGGAUGUGUGCCGUAUGGCCGACUUUGUGGUCCUGGUUAUGUCCCCUGAGGUGGAAGUGGACGAGGAGGGCGAGCUCUUGCUGCGCUCCAUUGAGAGCCAGGGUAUUUCCAAUGUCAUGACUGUUGUUCAGGGCCUCGAUAAGGUUAACCCACCAAAGAGACGCUCGCAGGUGGCCUCUUCUUUGAAGACUUACAUCAACCACUUCUUCCCGGCUGUUGAGAAGGUCAUGAACCUGGAUUCGCGACAGGAGUGCUCCAACGCCAUCCGCUCCCUUUGCACUGCCACCCCGAAGGGUAUUCGCUGGCGUGACGAGCGCAGCUGGAUGUUCAUUGAGAAUGUAAAGUGGCCCGAUGUCGACACCGAGGUCGUCGACGACGUUGUUAUUACCGGUGUCGUCCGUGGAAAGGGCUUGAAGGCCGACCGUAUCACCCAUAUUCCCGGUUGGGGUGAUUUCCAGAUCGCCUCAAUUACUGCUGCUCCCCUGGCAGCUACAAAGAACAAGAGAGACGAUUCUAUGAAUGUCGACACCAACGAAACUACUCAAAUACUGGACUCCCCUACCGCCGACCAGGACGAUAUGGCUGUUAUCGCACCCGAAGAGAUUGAGAUGGAGGACGACGAUAUGCUCUCUAUGGCCGAUCCCGAGCGCAAGGGUGUCUUACUCGAUGACCACCACUACUUUUCCGAUGACGAUUCUCACAUUCCCUCCAAGCCCAAGCGAUUGCCUAAGGGUACCUCUGAGUACCAGUCCGCCUGGUACCUUGCCGAUGUUUCCGACUCUGGAUCUGACAUUGAUGAUGGAGACGAGGAUGAGGAUAUGGAGAUGGACACAGGUGGUGCGCCCGAGGACGGUGUUUUCCCUGAUCACGCAGAUGCUAUGACCGAGGGUGGACCUUCCGAGUACCCCCAGUCAGAGAUGUUCCUUGACCCGUCCCCGGAGGACGAGUCACAAGAACUCGCAGACUACCGUGCCAGCCGACGCAACCAGGCCGAUGAGGACCUCGAGUUCCCCGACGAGAUAGAACUGCACCCCAAUGUGCUGGCCAGAGAGCGCUUGGCCCGUUACCGUGGUUUGAAGAACAUGAAGGUCAGCCCCUGGGAGACAUCCGAGGACCGCCCCUAUGAGCCCGAGGACUGGCGCAGACUGUUACAGUUUGGCGACUACAAGGGCACCAAGAACCGCGUCCUGCGCGAGACCUUGGUCGGCGGUGUUAACCCUGGUAUCCGCGUGGACGUCCACCUUCGCGCAGUUCCCGCCUCGCUCCGCAACAAGCCUUUGCCUGUCUCGCUCUUCUCGCUGUUGCGCCACGAGCACAAGCACACCGUGGUCAACAUCAACAUGACCCUCAGCGGAAGACUCGAGGAGCCCAUCAAGGCCAAGGAGGAGCUUAUCAUUCAGUGUGGCCCUCGUCGGAUGGUAGUGAACCCCAUCUUCUCGUCCUCCGACAACACCCCCAACAACGUGCACAAGUCCGACCGCUUCAUGCACCCCGGCCGCAGCGCCAUCGCCACCUGGAUCGGACCCAUGACCUGGGGUGCCGUCCCAGUCCUCGUCUUCAAGCCCAAGCAGGCUGAAGAAGACCCCGAGGUCCUCGACUCCGCAGACGACAAGAAGGAGCCCAUCGCCCUGGACCGUCUCGAGCUCAUCGGAACCGGUACCGUGGUCGCCCCCGACCCAGCCCGUGUGAUUGCCAAGCGUGCUAUUCUCGCUGGUCACCCGUACAAGAUCCACAAGAACGUUGUUACUGUCCGUUACAUGUUCUUCAAUCAAGAGGAUGUUGCUUGGUUCAAGGCUCUGCAGCUCUGGACCCGUCGUGGUCGCAGUGGAUACAUCAAGGAGAGUCUUGGUACGCACGGUUACUUCAAGGCUACCUUCGAUGCCAAGAUCAACCCUCAAGACUCUGUUGGAAUCAGUCUGUACAAGCGCGUCUUCCCUCGCAAGGCAAGGACUUUGGAGGAGGUUGCUGCUUAA